AUGGCUGGUUCCAAUGGUCGGUGGGCUGACGCCGCUGCGGGGAGCAGGGCUUCGCAAGAUACAUCUAGGUACUUUUUCCCAGAAGAGCGAGGCCAAGGAAGGCGACCGUUACUUCCACUGGCUGCGGCUGCACUGCUCGUGGGCGUCGUUGCCUGGUGGGGUACGAGGAGGUUUCUGCUGGCUCAAGAAAACUUGAAGAAGCAGCUCGCGUACAAGCACCACGGGCGGCUUAUGCAUGAUUAUCGCCGCCAUGUGGCUCUGCACCGCCUAGUGCGGUCUGUGGUUUUGGGAGGUCGAGACCCAGCGCUCGACAAGCAUCACUCAGGUGACGAGAGUACCGUGCCGGAACAGGUUUCGACGCCUGAACCGUUGGCUCUCGAGGAGUCUGUCCACCCGCUCCAUAGCCUGAAUGCCAAAGAAGUCUUGGAGCAGACAAUGCGUCAAGUCCGAGACUGGGACCCCAGAGACGCUGAUGCCGCUACAGAUAUUCUAAGGCCAGAGCUACAGACGCAUGCUGACGAUCAGCGACUCCCUCGUGAAAAGGAAAACAUAGAAGAGCUGUCCCUUCCGCUCGCUGGAGCACCUCCACGAUGCAGAGGGCGCCUGCGCUGCGGCGUCAAUAAGCCCCUCCCGUUUUGGGCCUUUCUUCUUCUGAUGCUGGGAGGGCGAACGAGUCUAAGGUACUUCAUCCACUUGCGAGGAGGCAUUGACCCUGCUGCUCCUUCCGGUCCGUCUCCCUUCGCUUCAGUGGAACCGAUGUCACCUUUCGUUUCGAGUCCUGGAGUCUCUAGUCCGACCCCAACAUUCUUUCCACAGACAGGCGGAAUUCCUUUGCCAUCUUACACGCCAGCCCUUCUGCAGACACAGUCCUCAACGCUAAUCGAGCGCGGAAGCUCUACUGUGCAGUCUGCUACAGCAGAGUUAGCUACCCUGCGGCCUCUCAGCGAACCGCCCGCCGGGAAGCGUACUUUUGUACGAACAGCGAGUGUGCCUUGA